CUUCAUUCUAACAGUCCUCAGAGCCUUCUUAUCAACUUUUAAAGCAUGGAUUCCUCACCGUCCAAUUGUGGGUGGCAUUCCGCGGUCCGGGAUGACAUGAGACACUACCUUGCUGGCACUCCUGGUCCAUCACCACCCAUAGAUACCAUUCCACCUGAGUCCGUGUUGCUUAAUUGGCAUGACAUCGCUCCGUGCGAUUACAUAUUAUCUCAUUUUAUCCCCCAGACCUCCGCACAAGCGCUCGGCUCCGGAGAUAAUUCCCCGUAUGAUAACCAAGCUCCCGCCGUAUGUCGUGACACCGAUGCCCCAGCGAAUGACGGAUUGAGCGACUUUUAUCCGCAUAGGCCAUCUAACAUCCAGCCCCAGCUAGCCGGGCAGUCUUCUGAACUUGGCGCCCCCUUGGAGCCCUAUAUUAUUGACCCACCCGUUCAGGUGCAGACAGAGCGACCUCGUCUAUAUCAGUCAGCAUCAAAGCCACGGCGCCGACGGGCAGCUCCUAGAUCCAAAGCUCAGGAGAACCGGAUAAACAAACAACAACCUGUCGCCGGGACAUUCAAAUGCAAAUGGGAAGACUGCCCUAACACCGAUGGCUUCUCGCGCAAGGGCGAGUUGCAGCGACACGUUAUUACGAUUCAUCUCUCACCGCGGUCGUUUGAGUGUCCUAAGACGAACUGUGAAUGGGCUUUUAAUAGGAAGGAUAACCUGGGCCAGCAUUUGGAUCGUGUGCACGAGCCGAACUAGGCUUUUGUACAGGAGGUUCAAUUGGUUAAAAGAUGCCAUUUGGUAGGCAAAGGCUUUGUUUUAGUCAAUGAUUGUUCGGGAACAUGGCAUUGUUGGAUUAGGUAUGGAGUAGAUUAGUAGAAGGUAUACUCCUUUUGAG